UAUAUCUAUAUCUAUAUAUCUCUAUCUUUAUAAAAAAAAAUUUACCCAGAUUAAAACUGUUGGGUUUCUUCCUUACGGAACGAAUUCUUUAUUACCAUAUUAGCUUAAACCGGAUUAGGGUUUUUUUGGGUUUUCUUUAAUUCAGCGGUUUUAAGGGUUGGUUAGUUUAAUUGUUGGUGAUUAGUGGCUAAAUUUGUUACAAAUUUACAAUACCCUUUUGGGUUUUAGGGCUCUUUUGUUUGUUUGUAAUGAGUUUGGCCUAGUUUUCAUCAAUAAUGAUAGCCUAAAUUGGAACUAAGAGCUAAGUUUUGAGGAGAUAUUGAGAUACUAUUCGGUCUUUUUGUUAGGAAGUUUUGAAGGGUUAGGAAAUUUAGUUGGAAGAGGGUAAUUCGUAGUUCGGAUUAAGUAGGAAAAUUAACAAUCUUGGUUUGUUAGAGAAAGGAAAGAAGUGGAUGUUUUUAAAGAGUUAUUACUCUAAUGCAAAUUGGGAAUUUUUCGUUUGUUAUGUUCGGUAACAAUUAUGGAAAAAACUGAGCCUACCUUUGUACCGGAAUGGUUAAGGAGCAAUGGAGGGUUGAGCACGUCGUCUUCUUUGCACCUUGGUAACCAAGGGGUGAAGAAAUCUGUGAGAAAUAAACCAUUGAAUAGCGAUUUAGGACGUCCUUCUGUAUUAGAUAGAACAACGUCUUCAUACAUUCGACGUUCUUCUGUUAAUAAUAGUUCAGCUUCUUCUAGAUCUUACAGUAGUUUUAAUCGGAACAACCGUCGUGAGAGGGACCUAGAUAAGGACAUAUAUGAGUUUAGAAAUAAAGAAAAGUCUGAUAACAGACGUAGGGAGUAUCCUGAUCAUUUAGGAAACAUUUUGCCUAGUAGAUUUGAAAAGGAAGGGUUAAGACGGUCACAUUCAAGUAUAUCUGAGAAACGAGGUGAGUCAUGGCCAAGAAAAUCAGCUAGUGAUUUUGCUAUUGCCAACAAAAGCAGUCACAAUAAUGGUUUGAUCAGCAGUGUAAAGACAUCAUUUGAGAGAGAUUUUCCGUCUCUUGCAGCAGAUGAAAAGCAAACUGAUACGGGUAUAGGAAGGAUGGCAUCACCUGGUUUGAGCUCUGCCAUUCAAAGCCUGCCAAUAGGUAGUUCGACUGUGAUUGGUGGGGAUGGAUGGACCUCUGCUUUGGCGGAGGUGCCUGUAAUUGUUGGUAGCAAUGGAAAUGGCGCAUCCUUGGCACAACCUUCUCAACCAACUUCAGUCUGUGCAACUACAGGCAUGACAAGUGGUCGCAACAUGGCAGAGACUUUGGCUCAAGGUCCACCUCGAACUCAGAGUGCUCCACAGGUGGCUGUUGGAACUCAAAGACUUGAAGAGCUUGCUGUUAAGCAAUCCAGACAGUUGAUUCCCAUGACUCCUUCCUUGCCUAAAACCUUGGCCUUGAACUCUUCUGAUAAGCCGAAACUGAAGGUUGGGCAAUCACAGCUUCAGAGUUCUCACCUUGCCAGCCUUCCUCACAAGCUUGAGGUUUCUAAGACACCUACUGUGGGAAAACUUCUUGUCCUUAAGCCCUCACGAGAAAGGAAUGGUAUCUCACCGGCUGUAAAGGAGAGCCCUACAGCUGGCAGUAAAUUUUCAGAUAUCCCGCUUGCUUUACCCUCGGUUGGUGGACCUGGUCCAUUGAUCAAACCUGGUGUACCUACUUUGGAGAAAAGACCCUCGUCACAAGCUUUGAGCCGAAGCAAUUUUUUCAAACUUAUGAGGAAGAAAUCCAUGUCCAGUAAUUCUUCGGUGGCUCCUGAAAUCAGUUCUUCUGUCUUACCCAGUGACAAGUCUGGUGAACCCAUUUCUCUUGUUACCCAGGGUGAGUCUGGUGAUCUUGUGGUGAACAGUUCCAGUGACACUAAGGUUGAUUUGACCUGCAACGGUGAUGAUUCUGAUGCAGCCAUGGGAUCUACCAAUAUUGGGAAGAGCGGUUCAGGUUCUGUUGUCAUUCGUUGCUCAGAGGAGGAAGAGGCUAGGUUCUUACGUUCACUGGGUUGGGAGGAUACGGCUGAGGAGGAAGGCCUCACUGAAGAGGAGAUUAGUUCAUUCUUACGAAGUUACCGCCUUUAUAUGAAGCCAGCCUCAAAAAUUCUAAAGGUGCCGAAGCCAUUCAUGCCAAUGGGAGAGAUCUCUUCCAACUCUAAUCUGGAAUCUUGAAACGUGAAGAAAGGCAUUGUUUUUGGCUUUCCUUUUGUUUGUUUUUGUCUUUGGUCAACAUGGGCAUCAAUCAAGAUUUAGAAUCCUUGCAGUUAAGGAAUAAGUACAUAACAUAUGGGUCAGGAGAGCUUGAACUUCACUAUUGUGGGUCGACUUUUGAGGGUAGGAUAUAGGGCUCUUUUAUGUGGGCUGGAAUUGCUCCUGGUUGUGCAAAGAAAUAUUGGGUUUUUGCUGAAGUUUUGGUUUUAUUUUCUUUAUUCUUGAAAAGGGGGCUCAGCUCAAUAUAACAGAAAUAGCUUAUGAUGGUUUACUAGUCAUUUUCAUGAAAAAGAAGCAAGAAAUUUAGUUUUUAUA